AUGGUUGCUGAAGCAGGAGAAAUACAGGUGGAAAGUUUCCCCAAAGCCAUCACUGGGAAACCACCUUCGAAAUGUGCUGAAAAACUUACUGCCAAAAAAGCGGUGGUGUUGGCUCGCAAAUCCAGUAGGAGAAAUAAAUCUCAGACUAAACCAAAUCUAACGAAUUCAGACAAUGAUACUGACAUCGACAGUGACAAGAAGGAGAAAAAAAGGAAGAAAUUUCAACCAGCUCCAUGGUUGUGUGAAAACAUGGGCGUUCAAUCGGCAGCCCCAAUUCGUUCCUUUUUGGAUGACGCAAUUGCCUUUAUGGAAGGGAAAGAGCAGCCAAGUGAGGGCUGUUACAACAGGUAUGAUGAAUCAGGAUUUAACUUUGACGAGUAUGAACGUGUCAUGUUCCAUCCAGUGAGAUUAAAAAGGAAAACAUGUUUAAUGCACCGAGUGAAGACUAAUCCCAAGAUUAAGAAUUAUGCUACAAAAUGCAAAUUACAAGACAAGGUAAUUGUGCAAGGGAAGAAGGUUGUGAUUAAUAAUGGUGUGAUGUCUCGACUUAGUGCACAGGAUGAGGAGAUCACAAUAAUCAAAGAACGACGAAAUGACAGGACUUCUCGGAAGCUCGAUCGCCUUGGUAUACCAAGAUACAGUGAAUGGGUGCCAAAGGAGUCACAGACGGCUGAAAAUGCAUCGACGGCAAAAACGAAGCCAAAUUACACCCGCGCAAAAAGGCCACGAAGGGGAAUUCAAGUUGCCUUUCGGAAACCUCGCUGGACCCCAGAGCAGAAGGAGCAGCGAGUUUACAUCCCACACGAGUUCGAGCUCGUGACCGCUCAAGUGGACCACGAUGACCCCGAUGAAGCGAAUCUCUUGUGCUUCCUCCUUGACCUACAGCAUCGAGAGAUGACACCCGAGGACUACGACAUGCUCCUCCAACUCGACGACAAGAUCGCGCCGAAGACCAUCGAAGGCGCCAAGCUGGCCUCCCUCCGAACCGUGACCGUGGUCGAUGUCGCGACCGACGGCCCAGGCAAGGGUAUUCCCUGGGAAGAUUCGCAGUGUGCGGUCUGCAUGGAACCGUAUGAACAGAACCAAACAGUUAAAUUCUUGCCGUGUGAACACUUCUUCCAUUCGAACUGUAUUGAGAUGUGGCUGAAUAACAGUGGUAAUACCUGCCCAUUGGACGGACUAGAACUAUGA